CCUGGCAAUCCCGGGGGAAGCGGCAGCGGCUGGAGCAAAAACAGCAGUAGCGAGCGAAGGCCGGGAGGGGUGCGCACAGCAGAGAGAAGACGGAAGGCUGGCCGGCUCGCCCGCUCAGUUCCGCUCCCUGCCGGUCGGUGGCCGGCUGCAGAACAGCUCCUGAGCCGCGCGAGGCAUCUGGAUCCUCCAUCCCUCGGGAGGUUUCCUGCCUCUCCGCUUGCUCCCCAGCCUGGAGCUAGAGAUGCAGUGGCUGGACACGGCUGCGGCGCUCAGGAGAAGCCGGGGGCUUUCUGCUCGGGCGCCCAGGCACGGGAGCUCGCGGGGCUGGAGCUCCGCUUGGCUCUGCUGCUGGGCGCUCGCUGCCGGCUGCCCGGCGGCUUGGGCUGUGGACCUAGCCGCCGCCUCUAGUCUCCCGUUACCUCCUUGCCAAGAGAAAGAUUACCACUUUGAAUAUACGGAAUGUGAUAGCAGUGGCUCCAGGUGGAGAGUUGCCGUUCCCAAUUCUGCAGUGGACUGUUCUGGACUGCCUGACCCUGUGAAAGGGAAAGAAUGCAUUGUUGGUUCUUGGUGAGAGGAAGAAAAAAGCAAGAAAAGAAGGAAAAUUAAUAGAAGGAAGGAAGAGAGAGAAAAGAGAGAGGAAGGAAGAGAAUAUUUAACUGCUUGCUCUGUGCCAAGAAUUGUGCUAAGUACAAGGUAUUCAAAAAGGAAAUGAAGGUAUACAUUAACUAUUUUUUUAAAGUUUAAUAAAAGAUUUGAUUUAAUUUUUUCAUAUCUGUAGAGAUUUUUUUCUUUUUUCUUUAUUAUCUCACUAGUAUAGUUAG